AUGGGGUACCGAGUUAGCGGCCGUGUCCAUAGCUUUAAAUCUUCCUCAUCAUAUAUAACACCAUCGGAGCGACGUUGUAUUUGGUUUUUAAUCCUGCUUCUAAUUUUAACCUUAGUAGUUUUACCAAUGUUUAUCAUAAUUUUAACAGUUCAAACAGCCACUGGAAAAUGUUCUUAUUACCUAUCCUAUUAUAAUCGGCAAGUACCCGUAACAGCGUUAGUCAGCCCUCCAGGAUGCGGUAACGAUUGGGUAAGUUAUAUGGUACAGGAAAUAUCUGGAUACCAUGUCGGUAAUGUCUACGACCAUACAGGUGCUUCAGCAAUUGCCGUUGAGGCCAAUUAUAUGAAUCUCAUUGGCCCGGUUGAUAGGGCUAUCGUCAUUAUUCGAGAUCCUUAUGAAUGUAUGCGUGUUUCCUACGAAAAACAACAUUUGCCUGAUGUUCGAUUUAGGUUACAUUACUUGGAGCACAGCGAUAAAUGGAGAAAACACGCGACUUCUGCUAUCCUACUAUGGAAAAAACUAUAUAUGAAUUAUCUAGCCUUUCGUGGACCCAUACUGUUUGUUAAUCAUUCCAAUUUAAAGAGUAAUCUCAAAUAUGAAAUGCAUCGACUAGCUAAAUUUCUAAAAAUCUCUGCUGAUAAUAGAAAAUUUAGUUGUGUUGCUCGAAGUUAUAAGAUUCGAAAAUAUAAGCGUAUGCCCGCCCCGUUAUCGUUUAAUCCAUAUAAACUGCUUAAGCCUGAAGUUCACCAUCUGGUUAAUACCUCCAAAAUAACUAUCAUGAAAUUAAUCAAUCAACGAUGCCAUGAUAAAAAUUCGAAUAAAUGA